GCACUGUGCCGCGCAUGCGCACAAACGAACCAGGAAAAGGAGAGAAACACAGGACAGAAAGAUGCUGCUUCAUUUCACUAAAGACGUUCUACCGGAUUCUGUCAGCACCGACUUCCAGAACCUCAACAAACUCAACGAGCGGCAAUUUCAUCGUCUGAUUGAGAUUCUGUUCCAGUUCCUGCUUGAGCCUAAAGAGACGGAGAGGUUCAUGCAACUGCUGGGCGAGUUUGCAGGGGAACACGGGAUGAGUGCCGGCCCUCUGAAGAACCUGAUGAAAAGCGUCCUCCUGGUGCCGCAGGGCGCCAUGAAGAAAAACCUGACAGCUGAGCAGAUGAAAGAAGACCUGUUGGCAUUAGGACUUAGCGAAGAAAAGUCGGCUCAAUUUUCACAGCAGUGGGGGGAGCACUAUGCGGCGCUGUCCAGGCUCGCCGUGGGACAGACGCUGAUGGUCAACCAGCUCGUUGACAUGGACUGGAAGUUUGGAGUGACUGUGGGCACCAGUGAAAUACAGAAAGUGGGCAAUAUUUUUCUGCAGUUAAAGCUUGUGGUCAGAAAGGGGAAUUCCACUGAAAACGUCUACAUGGAAUUGACGCUCCCACAGUUUUACAACUUCCUACACGAGAUGGAGAGAGCCAAGGCCAGCAUGGAGUGUUUCAGCUGAGUGCGUGUGUGCGUGUGUGAGUGCAUGCGUAUGUGUGUGUUCCCUGUGUGUGGCCCUGACUGAAGCUCGACACAUUUUAUUUACUGUCAGACAUUUCUACUCAAAUGAACAUGAAUAAAAAAAUAAAAACUGUCUCUUU